AUUGUCAAUCAAGCCGCCCUGGGGCGUGUUUACCAGUCUAGUCGAGGUUGCUUAAUUACAACAACGCAAAGAUGGCUGGUAUCUAUGAGAGGAUUCCAGCUGACGAACAACCGGAGGAAAAACCAGAACAGGAUGAUUCCGCAUGGAUUGAGGACAAUGACCCUGGCUAUGAGACACUACCAGGAUGUAGACCGCCUUCUGAGAUACAGCCAAUCACAGACGGUGAAGAUGAUCCAUCUGAGAAAGAAGAUCCUUAUAUGUUUAUUGCACCUAGAGUACCUGAGCCGUUAACAAAUAAUAACAACUUCGUUGAGCACAGACCUAAAUCUAAACUGAGCACGGUUUGCACCGGUAGGAGGAGAGUAAUGGGCGAAUCAGGCAUCAAGCUAGGUCCACUCGACUUUCGCAAACUGGAAUCAGUCACUGCGUCACAAAGGACAAAAUGGGGCAAUUUUAUAAAUCCUUGGGAUACAUGGAAAAUGCCAAGUGCUACAGGAGUUUUAAAGUGGAAAUUAUGUUCAAAAAAUAAUCGUGCAAUCCCUAGUAAAAGUGUAUUAGACAAAACAUUGCCCAUCGUUUCUCCAAAUAUAGAAGAGUGGAAAACUCCACCUUCUAGUGGUAUUCGCGUAUCAUGGCUUGGCCACGCCUGCGUACUAGUUCAGUUUGAUGGAAUAACAAUUUUAACGGACCCUAUCUUUAGUAUGAGGUGCAGUCCCUCGCAACACGUUGGCCCAAAGCGUUAUCGUGGGCCACCCUGUGAUAUGUAUGACUUGCCAAGCAUCGAUGCCGUUCUCAUAAGCCAUGCGCACUAUGACCAUCUUGAUCUGCCAACCGUCAAAUUCCUGAACGCUCGUUUCGGAUCAAGUUUACGGUGGUUUGUACCGCUCGGCCUAAUGAACUGGAUGAUGAAAGCGGGCUGUGAGAACGUGAUCGAGAUGGACUGGUGGCAGGAAAACGGACACCCCGACCAUAUGAAAAUAACAUUCGCAUUUACACCUACCCAGCAUUGGAGCAACCGCGCCCUGCAUGAUAAUGGUUGGUAUUUAUGGGGAAGUUGGUGUGUGUUUGGUCCAAAUCAUAGUUUCUUCUUUGGUGGUGAUACUGGAUACUGUGAGGCAUUUAGUCAGAUUGGAAGGCGCUAUGGACCGUUUGAUCUCGCUGCUAUUCCUAUCGGUGCUUAUGAACCAAGGUGGUUUAAGAAGCCCCAGCAUAUAAACCCACAAGAAGCUGUCCAAGUACACACAGAUCUGCAGAGCUCAGCUUCUAUCGGAAUUCACUGGGGCACCUUUCCAUUCGGUAACGAGUUCUACUUGGAUCCACCAAAGCUUGUUAAGGAGGAGAUGGAGAAACAAGGAUUGAAUCCUGACGACUUCUUCACCUUGAACCACGGAGAAUCACGGCUACUCUACGAAGAAACUUUAGAUUACGAGGAUGCAUCUACCAUGUGCGAAACGGGUUCAGAAGGAGAUAUACCACCUGAUGAAGCCAUGUUUGAAGAAAGUGGGGACGACAAAAGCAUGAUCAUUUGAGAUUCAACAUUUCAAUUUGAUGGAAUUCAUGACAGUGGCUAACCUUUUGGAAGGAAUGCAAUAAAUACCUAAACAAAGCUUGUUAUACAAAUGUCUAUGCACACUAUAGUGGUAAAAAUAUACUUAAUAUGCAUAUGAUAAUAGUUCACUAUGAUUGGUUGAUAUACCUGAAAUAUACUAUAUAU